UGAUAUUUUGCGAACAGUGAGCGGAUGACAAAAGUAGGAGGAAGGAGGAGUAGGAGAAGUGGCAGGAAUGAAAGUCAGAUGAAAUGUUUGCGGGUAGGAAAGCGUAAUUGUGUAGUAGGUGCGCUAAGGUAUAAAUACAUUUAAAUGGUACGUCGUGUACAUAAACGGAAGAAUAGAGUGUAUACGUACAAUAUAUUGUUAAAGUUUUUUUUUCCUCUGUCAAGGUGACAGUUGAAAGUAAAGUAACAUUAUGUCAUAGAUCAUACUACAGCAUCUAAGAGAUUUAUGGCAGCAGAAAGAAAUGCAUUUUCUGUUUUGUAAAUUUUAACUCGUUGCAUGGAACUAAGUAGUUUAUUCAAUAAAGUUGUGCUUAUUUGUAGAAACUGGAAGUGCAUAUAUAUAUAUUUUAUUGUGGAAAUACAGAGCACAAAUGUUACGUACAACGACGAAUCUGUGUUAUAGACUUUUACAAUGAUGUCAGCUGUGGUGCCAGGUGCACCACCUGAUUCUGCAAGAGCAGAGGAACGUCAGAGAUUGCUGACAGAACUUUUAGAGGCCGUAAAGCAGUGCCAGAUUCGAUUUGGGGGGCGUGCAGAACUUGCAACUGAAAGUCAUCCACGUGUAGCAAUACUCUGCAGUCGAAUAGAAGCAGCAUUGUGCCAUGGCCUUCGAAGCAGGCCACUUCUACCAAAGAACAACUCAGCUUUCAGGCAAGUGACAGAGAUUGUAUCUAGCAGUCUGCACUUGGGCCGGGGUGCAACACAAGAGCAUCAAGUGUUGUGGCAUUAUGUGCGAGAGCACUUGACAAGGCAUGAAUAUGAACGCUACCUGGUCCUGAAGCAGGUGUGGACAGAUAUAGGGCGUGGUCGUGCAUGGCUACGUUCCUCCCUCAAUGAACACUCAUUGGAACGGUAUCUACAUUGCAUGCUUGGUAGCACUGCCCAUCUUUCUAUCUUCUUUGAAGACUGGGCAUUUUUGCUGGACCAAGAGAGAAGCAGCAUGCUUCCAACCAUGGCUGCAGGUCUAGGCUCCAUCUUAUUUGCCAUAAGCAUUGACAACCCAGAUCUGAAUCUGUCAAGCAGCACACAGUGCAAUGCUGAACCACUGGUCCCUUCUCUCACACUGUCUGAUCCUGUAAUUGCAGCUUCUGAUCCAGAUACAAGCUGCAAGCAGAAAUCAGAUCAUCGUCGCCGGAAACGUGUACCAGCUCACAUAAUUUCAUUUGAUGAGGAUGACCUAGCAGAACAACACCUUAGAAGCCAAGUGGUAUCACAUAGUGCUCCCCCAACCUGCCUCAACUCACCAGCAAGUGGUAUGGCAAAUGUGCCGAUAUCUGCAGAAACGGUUGGAGCCUACGUCAGCAAGUUUACAAAUAACUCCACAGAGGCUGAUGUGACUGCUUCUGAAGAACAGGCUCAAAAUGUUUCACUGCCACAUUGUGAACCUUGUGAUAACAGUACAGGAGAUAGUGAAUCACCUCAUCCCAUGUUAGACUCAGAGCGACCCCGUCAACUGCAGCUUACUCAUUCCCCACAACAAUCAGUGUCUCAGUCCCAGCGGAGUUCAACCCCAGGCCCUUCAGAUGGUACAGGGAGAAAAAAAGAUGCUCAGGGUUCUGGUAUAGUCAACAUGGUGAAUGUAAUACAUCCAGUACAGACAUUAACUCCUGUGAACAAUGUGAGUGUGGGAGAACUCAUACCUGUCUCAAUAGCGGAUGAAGCUCAUUCUGAGGAGGACUCACUUUCUGUCCCCAGUUAUUCUGAGGACACAGACUGUGCAGCGGCUGCCUUGGUGGCUACGCAGAAGUUGCUGCAGACCAAUUGUGUUGACUUCUCACACAAAGAGUUUUCAACCACGGGAACCUGUCGUAAUGCAGCAGAUCCUUUCAUUCAUGUCAGUAGUGAAGUACGAGAGGCUGUGUUGUCCCUUCUGGCCCGUAAAGAGGAGCUGCAGGUUGAAACUCAUUCCUUUAAGAGGCUUCUUGUUCAGGCUCAGGAAGAGAGUACAGAGUUGAAGGCUGAAUUAGCAGAAACUAAUCGCCAGCACCAUGACAAAGUAGAACGUUUAGAAAGUCGAAUUCAGGCGUUGCUCAGGGAGAAUGAGCUUUUAAAGCAUCAGUUGCGUAAGUAUGUGGGGGCUGUCCAGAUGUUGAAGCGGGACGGCACUCAGGCACAUGAAGCACUGGCCAGUCUGGAGGCAUCUCAACCCAAAGCCAGAGACAUCGCCUAUCCAGAUUAUCAUCACGAGGCUCGUGAAUAUGAGAAGAAACUAAUCCAAGUAGCAGAGAUGCAUGGAGAACUUAUGGAGUUCAAUGACCGCUUACAUCGACUUCUUCAGCAAAAAGAUGCUGCCUUGCGCCGAUUACGUGAAGAGCUUGUUGAUCUGCGUGGGCCUCUACCUGAUGAUGUUGCUACUUCCGAUGAUGAUCUUAGUGUGACCAGUGACUAUGAUACUAGUUCUCUCUGUGCCGCUGCCCGGGCACUUGUUAACAUUUGGAUACCAUCAGCUUUCCUUACAGGUGGUUCUUCUGAUGUCCAUCAUGUGUAUCAGGUUUACAUUCGUAUACGUGAUGAUGAGUGGAAUAUCUAUAGGCGCUAUGCUCAGUUCUACUCUUUACAUAAAGAGCUGAAGAAACAUGAUGCUAUUGUCAGCACCUUUGACUUUCCACCUAAAAAGACUUUGGGCAAUAAGGAUGCCAGGUUUGUUGAGGAACGUCGUCGCAGACUGCAGCAUUACUUACGUUGUGUAAUGAAUCAUUUAGUGCAAACAAAUAUUGAUCUUGCCACUGCACCGGACAAGGAGCUUCUCAUAGGACUUGUACCGUUCUUUGGAGAUGUGUGUAACAGUGUGGAUGACAGAAGCCGACGAAAACGACCAAAUUCACGCAACUUGUUCUCAAGACUGGCUCGUAGUGGAGCAGAAAACAACCAGACACUGGAGCAUUCCCCUCACUACACAGGACUAUAACAGAGGCGCAGUGGUAUGACGGAGGUGACAUAUGAUCAGCUAGAUGCUGCUGUGCAUCAACCAAAGGAUACUGAAGGGCUGCAUAUGAAUGCAAUGGAACCCAUCAAGAAGGUGACACAGGAAUCCCAGUGUCUAAAGAGCUGAAUGAUGAUCUCACCAGCGGAAGCACAUCAUGUCAUUCCUUCCCAGACUCAAGCAUUUAUUGAGAAGAAACUAAUAAGAUACCAACAUUAUUAUUAAUUAAUUUUACCUGUACCCAACUGUGGAAUUUAAGAGCAGAUGAAAAUGCAAGCAUAUAACAUUGUUUGCGGUUCAAAAUGAAGUUAUUUACAUACAGUACAUGCUUCAUUCUUUGGAGCUUUAGUGUUACAGUUUUUGCACUUACAUUUUUGCCAGUUAUUGAGCUGUGUUUGUCAGUGAUUCUACCGAAAAUACAGUGUAAUCUCGAUAUAUCAAGAAUUUGUAAAGUUAAAAAGAUCCCUGUUUUAAUUGUUACUUGCAAUAUCUGAAAAUGAUGAAAUUAUGAAUAUAUAAUCUUGAAGUCUGUCUCCCAACUUCUGAUUACAUGUAUCACAGUACAACACCAGUAUUUAAAAAGUAUGGCAACAUUUAUUCUCUUUUGAAGUGACUAUUGAAAGUAUGAAAAUAAUGAAGAACAAUUCAACAUUCUCAAUGCUUUUAGAAUUAUCUGAACCCUAAAGUUAAAGAUGUUCUCAUACGUAACAUAACAUCUUGUACCCACAACCAGUUGCGUAAGAGGAACCAUCUUUUAUGAACAAGUCUUGCCCACUAUUUGCUGUGCACCUGCAGUAUGUAAAGUUAAGGUGACUCUUACAUAAGCACGCUACAUUACAGCCCAGUUCGAAACUCAAUCAAGUUGCCUGGCACUUUGGGCACUCUAAUAACCCCCCCCCACACACACACACACACACACACACACACACUUUUUUCCCCUCUGACAUGGGCAAGCCUCUGUUUGUACCACUGAAACCUCUCUAUCUUUAACCAUGCUGUGAAGUUGUUGGAUGUUCCUUGAUCAUUUAUCUUUAUAUCUGCCACAUUCAAAUCUAAGCACUUGUUUUUGUAUUCCUAAGUAAAGUUGAACAUUUUUUUAACUUAAUUCACUGACAAUCACAGUACAAUGCAUGAUAAUUAGCAUUAUGCAUUUUUAUGUUCGCAAUGCCUUUUUAUGGGCCACCACCAAAUGAAAUUUGACAGUGAGAGUCCUCAAGUAUAUGUUGAAAAUCCAAUGUUCAUGACAUGUUUUUUUUGUGACUGCUUGUUUAUGAGAAAGACAUUAGGCCUACCAUUCAGGACAUUAUCCUUUUAUGUUGCAAUGCUUUGCCUGUAAACUUGAUUUUCAAGUUUGGUCCUAUGUAGUGAUAAUUAUAUAAUGUAACAAAACUGUUCAUUUUAAAUGAGUAUGUCUAUUGGUCAUUACUAAAAUAAUAAUGUUGGACCCCUGAAAACAUACAGGGGAAGAAAUAUAUAUGAGUUAUAAGAAGUUCCUUUUCAUAAUCUAUGUAUAUAGCAGCAACUGGAGCUGCAUGCAGGGCUUGAUACAACUCAGGAUGGAAAGCCAUCAUUCUUUCUGUGCUUUAGAUUUUAAGUUGGACUUAUACAAAUGAAUGUUGUGUGUGUAUGUAUGUGUAUGUAAGUGUAUAAGUGUCGAAAACUUUAUGGUGACCAAUAUGAUCUUAAGGGGAUGUGCACUUUAUGCUUUGUUAAUUACCCGUAU